UAAACUAAAUUUUUAAGUUUUCCAAAUUCCAAAUUGCCACGCAAUUCUGGCAGUGUAAUCGGUUUGAUAACCCCCCAUCAAAAGCUUUUUUCUGCGCCAGUCGACCAUCGGUUGUAGCCAUUUGCAGUCGAUCGAUAGAUUGGAUAGAUCAACCUGUAGCCACGAUGAGCCGACGUCUUCCAGGCACCUUUAGCCAGAGCCAGAGACUCCUGUUCGCCACCAACCACCACUCCUGCCCAGCCUUUUCCACCAGGUUCCUCUCCACAUCGCGAGUGAACCUCGAGCGGCAAGAAUGCCAAGUGUUGGUUGUGGGAGGCGGCUCUGGCGGAUGUGCCAUGGCCGCCAAGUUGAGCUCACGCCUUGGCGAGAACAAAGUCAUCGUCCUGGAACCCGAAGAUAAACACUACUAUCAACCGAUGUUCACUCUAAUUGGUGGAGGUAUGAAAAGAUUGGACCAAAGUUAUAGGCAAAUGGCUGAUGUGCUGCCCAAAAAGGCCAAGUGGGUUAAGGAAAAAGCUGUUGAAUUCGAUCCGGAUAAUAAUACGGUUUCCACUUCCGGUGGCAAGACAAUCAAGUACGACUUUCUUGUCAUUGCCACAGGACUUCAACUGAAAUAUGAGAAGAUUCCAGGACUUGUGGAGGCCCUGGAAACACCGGAAAGCAAUGUCUGUUCCAUUUACUCCCCCAAGUACGUGGAUCACGUGUACGAAUGUCUGCGCAGGACAUAUAAGGGAAACGUAAUCUUCACCUUCCCCCACUGUCCCAUCAAGUGUGCAGGUGCACCGCAGAAAAUAGCCUACAUAUCGGAUCAUUAUUUUAGGAAGUUGGGUCGCCGCGACAAAGUCAAUAUCAGUUACAACACAUCUCUUCCCGUGAUUUUUGGAGUAAAACAUUAUGCAGAUGCCUUGAUGAAACUGGUUAAAAAGCGAAAUAUCACCCUCAAUGUGAACAGGAAUCUCGUGGAGGUCAGACAUUGUGAUAAUGUAGCCGUUUUUGAAGAUCUAACAAAACCGGGAACGUUACACGAGGAAAAGUACUCCAUGCUCCAUGUGACGCCACCGAUGACAGCUCCGGAUGUAGUGGCCAAAUGCAAGCAGCUGGUCACCGACAACGGAUUCGUGGACGUGCACCAGGAGACUAUGCAGCACAACAAGUACUGCAACGUGUUCGCCAUCGGCGAUUCGGCAAGCUCCCCCAAUUCGAAAACGGCGGCGGCGGCAGCUGCUCAGUCGCCGGUUGUCUUUAGGAACCUGAUGGCAACGAUCGAGGGCAAGUCGCUCACGGACAAGUAUGAUGGGUACUCCUCCUGCCCCAUCGUCACCGGCUACAACGCCUGCAUCCUGGCGGAAUUUGAUUAUACCCUGACUCCCGUUGAAACAUUUCCAUUCGAUCAGGCCAAGGAGCGUUACUCGAUGUUCUUUAUGAAGAAGGAACUGAUGCCGCCGCUCUACUGGCAGCUUAUGAUGAAGGGUUAUUGGAACGGACCGGCAUUGAUGCGGAAAAUGUUCUCAAUUGUUAAGUUUAAUAAAAAGCAGUAGUGACCUCGUA